AGGUAUUAAUAGGUACUUCCUAGGUAUAAGUUGGUAUUUUCUUUAUUGUAACAGUAAGAAAUCUUAUACUGCCCCUUGAGAAGAGAGAUUCUGUUUGAUGACUAUAUAUAUGUUUGACAAUAUGUGCGUAUAUACGUAUACUUGACUAUAUUUGUAUUUGACUGUAUAUGUUUAUAUAUGUAUGUCUAAAUCAGGAGAUCUUGCUUGAAUGUGCUAACAGAUGACAAAGGUGACCAUGGUGGUAAAGAACCUAACAAAUGAAACCAAGAUACUAAUGACAUAAGCCCAAGGCAUUUGCAUGUCUUUGAACAUCAUGUAUGAAUACAGAAAGAGCAGGAAUAAAAGGCAGCAGUUUGGGCCUGAAUCUGACAGAAUGAAUGUGCCUUGUAUGCAUCUACACGAGAAUAAUCUUCUCUGCUUUUGUGUCUAUUUCAGCAGUACAGCCACAGAUGAAGCAACAAGAUACAUGGUUUGAGUUUUGGGAGUGCCUACAGGAGGAAUAACCACAUGCAUCAGUAUGGGUUAGGGGAUGAGCUGCUGGAGAGGAGCUCUGUGAAGAGGACCUGAGGGUUGUGGUGGACAACAGGCUGGCCAUGAGCCAGCAUUGUGCCCUUGUGGCCAAGGAGCCCAAUGGUCUUUUUAAUGUGCAUUAAAAAGAGCAUGAAAAACUUGAACAAGAAAACCUGUGUACUAACACGUGCAGGAACUUCUACACAGUGAGGAUGACAAAGAAGUGGAACAGGCUGCCCAGAGAGGCUGUGGAGUUGCCUAUGGAGAGACUGAAGACCCAUCUGGGUGCCCACUUGUGUGACCUGUUGUACGGAACUGCUUUAGCAGUGGGGUUGGACUCAGUGAUCUCUCGAGGUCACUUCCAACCCCUGUGAUUCUGUGAUUGUGAGCUGGACUCUGUGAUCCUCGUGGGCUGUGACAGAGUACUUCUAUGCUCCAACUGAGACCAGAGUUUUCUCAACUGAUUCUAACAGAACAGAAACACAUGGUGACACCUGCCUGGGGUGCCAUAUCCAAGCACUGAAGUGCCAAGGGGGUAUUCAAGCAAAAAAUAUUUAUUCCGGCGGUUCUUUUUUUUUAAACAAGUGCUUGCCGGGCACUCCGCGGGGGGCUGAAUUCCCUCAACCCACAACCCCCACAGGUGCCGCACACCCACCCGAGGCCCGACAGCACACAGCGCAGCCUCCUCCCCCUCCGCGCCCAACCCCACCUGGCCGUCCCCACGGCAACAGCGCAGCCUCAGGACCCCGCGCUUAGCUGCCCGCCUCGCUGCCUGCUCCCUCACGCUGGUAGGCCGGGGCUGCCCGCCGCGCUGCCUGAGCAAUAAUCCCUGCCCCUCCCUCUGUCCCCGAAGGCCCCCGCCUGCCCGCAGCGCUGCCUGCUCCCCCGCCGCCGAGGUCCCCGCCUGCCCGCAGCGCUGCCUGCGCACAGCUGAGGGAGACCGGGAAGUUGGACGCCGGGCCGGGGCUGACGGUGUGCGGCCGGGACAGGCCGCUGAGCUCGGGGGUGGGGGGAGACGAAGAAGAAGAAGGCGGCCCGGCGCCGGCCGCUAUGGACCAGUGCGUGACGGUGGAGCGGGAGCUGGAGAAGGUGCUGCAGAAGUUCUCGGGCUACGGGCAGCUCUGCGAGCGGAGCCUGGAGGAGCUCAUCCAGUACGCGGGAGGGCUGCGGCGGGAGAUCCUCCAGACCGAGAAUCAAGAUGGAGACUUGUCAGGGACAAUUUCACUUGUUAUGACACAGUGUUGUAAAAGAAUAAAGGACACAGUUCAAAAACUGGCCUCUGAUCACAAAGACAUUCACAGCAGUGUAUCCCGAGUUGGAAAAGCCAUUGACAAGAACUUUGACUCUGACAUCAGCAGCGUGGGGAUAGAUGGGUGCUGGCAGGCUGACAGCCAGCGGAUCCUCAACGAGGUGAUGGUAGAGCACUUCUUCCGGCAGGGCAUGUUGGAUGUGGCCGAGGAACUGUGUCAGGAAUCUGGUCUAUCAAUAGAUCAGAGUCAGAAAGAACCAUUUGUGGAAUUAAAUCGAAUAUUGGAAGCAUUAAAAGUUAGAGUUCUGAGACCUGCAUUAGAGUGGGCGGUAUCCAACAGAGAAAUGCUUAUGGCACAGAAUAGUUCACUGGAGUUCAAACUACACAGAUUAUAUUUCAUUAGUUUAUUGAUGGGUGGAACAGCAAAUCAAAGAGAAGCACUUCAGUAUGCGAAAAACUUCCAGCCAUUUGCCAUAAACCAUCAGAAAGAUAUUCAGGUUUUGAUGGGCAGCCUGGUGUAUCUGAGGCAAGGCAUAGAGAACUCGCCGUACGUUCAUCUAUUAGAUGCAAAUCAGUGGGCGGACAUCUGUGACAUCUUCACAAGAGAUGCCUGUGCUCUUCUGGGUCUCUCAGUUGAAUCACCACUCAGUGUUAGUUUUUCAGCAGGUUGUGUAGCAUUACCAGCUCUAAUUAAUAUCAAGGCAGUUAUUGAACAAAGGCAGUGCACUGGUGUUUGGAACCAGAAGGAUGAACUACCGAUUGAGGUGGACCUUGGUAAAAAGUGCUGGUACCAUUCAAUAUUUGCUUGUCCCAUUCUCCGUCAGCAAACAACAGAUAAUAAUCCACCUAUGAAAUUAGUCUGUGGUCAUAUUAUAUCAAGAGAUGCUUUGAAUAAAAUGUUUAAUGGCAGCAAAUUAAAAUGCCCCUAUUGUCCGAUGGAACAGAGUCCUGGAGAUGCCAAACAGAUAUUUUUCUGAAGAAAAGCUUCGUUAUGCGGUUUGUAAGUGACACUCUGCAAUUCAGGUGCAUUUUGGGAGAAUUAAAACACACCUGUUCCAUUUUAUGCAGCAGACUGAGGACUCCUAUGUUUGUAUAAGCUAAUGCUACAGAAACUUUGCCAACAUUUAGUAUAUACAUACCAAGUGGAAAUGCUACAGAAAUAUUAUUACCAUAGGGCUUUACUAUACUCUUGGUCUCCAUAUCUGAUCAAGUUACUACACCAGCAGUUGUCAUUCAAUGCAGGUUUUUGUACUCAAUUAUAUGGUGACUUUUUACUUUUUAAAAGCAGAAAUGGAUCACCCCCAUUUGUUUAAUAUUCCUCCUGCUAUCAUCUAUCAGUAACUGUCACCUUAGAGAAUGUUUGUGGAAGAAGUUUUAUUUCCUGUAAUGUGUACAUAAUUAAAAGUAAAUACUUCAGAAAAAAAAAAGUUUGAUAAAUUGAAUAGUGGUUAUAAAACUAAUUUGUAUUUUUUUUGCUGAAAGAGCUGUGAUAUAUUCUGAGUUUUUCUUUCAAACAUUUUUUCAACUUUUACAUAGAAUUCAAAGUAAAUGUGCAUAUAUAUAAAAUAUAUAAAUAUAUAGCCCUAAGGGGCUACCUGUUAAAAUCCAUCACUAAUUUAUAAGGGUGAUGUGUGGAUAGAUUACUGCUGGAACAGAAGGAAUAGGAAAUCCUGUUCCUUAGGUUUCAAAUGUUUGUGUAAAAGAAUACUCAAUAAAAGGAAAUUCUGAAGUGGAAAUGCUUUUAGUCGAUGACGUUUGCUCUCUGGCCUUCGUAGUCAUGUUCUUUGGACUUUGUAUUCAGGAUUAGGCUAUAAAUGUCAUGUUGCUGUAUAGUUUAAUAGUCAUUAUAGUGUGCUAUUUAUAAACAGUUAUCAAAACCAAAUAAAUUGUAUAAUUAUUCAUUGUUAAUUGGGGGAAAAGCAUGUUCUGAUGCAGUCUUCUGGUCACGGCGCUGCACUUGGCAGAAUUGGGCCCUACGUCACGUAUUAGAAGGUAGCAAAUUUUCUGUAGCUUGAGAACACUUUGCUUCUAGCCUUGUUUUUGUAGUAGACUAUUACUGCCAUUGCCACUUUUUCUGCUAAAUUUGUCAUAUUGUUGACUAGGUAAAUUUGUACUCAUGAACAAGGUGUAGAUCAUGGCAGUUCAAUCUUUUUCUAGUGUGCAGACAUUUGUAUUUAUUGCACUGUCCUAUAGUAGGGCAAGCAGCCAUAAGGCAUGCGAAGCUACAUGUAAAUUCUAUUCCUGUAUUGUGGAGUAAAAACCCAAGCUUACAUGGUUGAAUUCUGACACACUGGUUGAAUGCACUAGCACAAUGCACUACAAAGAAGACCGUCUGUGAGACAUCUCCACCUUUUGAAUCUGUGUGUCACCUGACUUGAGAGACUGAGUUGGACUCUGUCAUAUCAGUGACAAUGGACAUCCUGAAAGAGACACUAAGAGCACCAAGUCAAGGCGCACACGUUUGGAGCCUGAAAUGUGUUUGGUAUGUGUGAACAAUGCAGGUGUGUGACUUUCUGCAAAACUUCUGUUGUAUUCACACUGAAUUCCAACCAACCAGGUUACCGAGUAGUAAAACUAACAAUAAACAGGUGAGGAUAUUAUUUUCCAUGUA